CCAGCCGGCCAACUAGUGUGGGCCAACUGAUUUGGCUUUGCUGUGCGACAGUGUCUCCAGGGGUACAGUGAAUCCUGAAGAGCAAAAGCAGCAGAAAGGCACCCUUAUAUUCUGUUGGCAGGUAUAAGAAUUAGACACAAUCCCAUUUUUAGAUAAGAGGAACUGUCCUCCUAGUGAAGGAGAAGGAAGAUCUCAUCAACAUCAGUACUUCAACGAACCCAAGGAAGCCAUCUCAUGUCACUUCAAGAAAAAAAAGAUGACAAAAGACAGAAUCAUUUGUGACCCUCAUGGAAAGCAAGAAGAGUUAAAUGUCAAACUGAUGGACAGUGAAUACCUAAGAGCACCUUUGGAAUGUGUCAAGUGUGGUCACUGGUUUUGAACAAGCGCUUUUUGCUUGAUUGCACAGUGUGCAGUGUCCCGGUUCCCCCACCACACUGUGACAGCCUGCUGGCUCAGGGCAGGCGGGUGGAGAGACUGUGAAAGCCACCCACAGCUGCUCUUUUUGUCAGAAAGAAAUGUUUUAAUCUCUCCUAAGUAGGUGCUAUGAAGGACACAAGAUAUGAAUAGCAGCACUUUCUGCCAGCACGGACACCCCUGCCUCACAUCAGACCAUGCCUCAGUUUCCCUUUUAUAAACUGGCACACUGGUGCCCCAGCCAUUCCAUCAAAGAAACAUCUGUUCCUACACCACUCUCUCUAUAAACUCAUACCGGUGCUUGUCAAAUGUGGGGGGAAAUGAGACUCUGGUACCCAGUACCUCGUAGAACCUCUGCCUUUCCUUCUGUGCCAUGCAUCUGUGACUGCAGCCUGUGGCCUGCAAAGCCUUUGCUAGUGAAAGCGAUGUCACCAUCACUGCCCUCCAGCCACCUACAAACUCAGCUGCCAGAGAUCAGCUCAGGGCAGCACCAGGAAAGUACCCAUUUCUUAUGCAAACCAACAAAACAGUGGGAGAUCUGCUUUUUCACUGUUUUUUGCAGUGUUUUUAAAGGAAGGUCAGGAAAAUGAGCAGUGCAACUGGUUUUCAGCAAGCCUCUGCUUGCUGAAAGUGGCUGCAGUGGAGCUGGUCCCCAACAGCCAGCCAAGGAGCCAGGUAGAGUCCCCCAGAGACUCCCCCAGGAUGAGUUAAUCGAGGAUUUGAUUGUAAGCCAGUUCAGGAUCAAGGAGGCUGUAAAUCGAGACAUCUGUCAGAGUCUCCCCAAAACCACAGAACUUUUAUCACCAUAGUUUUUCACACUUGAGACAUUGAAUUCUUAAAUAGAAAAAGAGAGCAAAAUUAUCGGCCAAAGUUUCAGCACAGAUAUGUCUCAACUCUACUGUUGAAUAGUACCCUAACAGCUGGGCAACAGAUCACUGAGGCUGUCUUCAGAUUCAGAAGAAAGGGAGGAAAAUUAAGAGCUUUUAAGGCCAGUCGUGUUCCUUUUAUUUGGCAUAUUUAGCCGAGCAAUCCUCUGUGACAGUAUCAUCUGCAGCAAAGCUGGCCUGCUUUACAGUCUGCCUGUAAUGCAUUUCUGAGAAAAGGGAGAGAGGUAGCAUCCUGCCCUUCAGGUUAACCUUUGCAAGAGAUGGGAGAGGAUGGCAUGGCUCUCCUGGCUUUCCAGGCUCUUUGAGUCCCCCUCCAAGAAGCUGCACACUGAAUAGAUCUUUUGACAUUUAACAUUCUGGCAAGUAAUGAUAAAUCCACGUAAGGUGUAAAAACUCAUGCAUUUUUGAUGGUGAUAAGCUGUGAGGAUGCAACUACAGAGAAAAUGGUUGGAUUUUCUGUCUCUGUUAGCUCAGAGUCAAAACUAGAUGUUUUUGUGGAUGCCUGGUUUCAGACUAAGCCAUGUAAUUGAUCUCACGCAGGGGUAACCUGGUGAAAUACAAGGGUUUGUGUCAUAGGGCAGAUCAAAUUAAUAUACUUCAAGGGCCCCUACUGGUUUUAAAACAUCAGUGAGCUUAUUAGAGCCACUCGUUAUGAAAAACCUCCUGGGGAGGACAAGUACGAGGCAACAGAGGCCGGGAAAGUCAUGCCUGUGAGCAGCAAGCACCUAUAAGUGCACCUCCUUCCGCUCUCAUCUUCACAAAGCCUGUCCUUGUUCGCCUGGGAGGGAUGCCCUUUCGCGUUCCUGACAAAGUCCAAAGGGGGAUGCAGCCAAAAUGAAGCCCAGGCAGCUGUGUAGCUGUCAGGAGCUGCUGUGCUCAUUGCUGGCACUGCACACCUGGAACAGCUGGGCCAAGCCUGCCUGCCAGCCAGGACAGAGAGCAUAUCAUUCUUAUAAUUAAAAUUAAUUCCCUGAAGUGCUUUCUCCUCUUCCCCAGACACAGCAAACAGCUGGAGGCUGAGAUUACGGGUGCUGAUGCCAAUUAGAGCUGUGAUAAGGCCAGGCGCAUGGGGAGCAUUAGUGCACAGCUCUGCUGUGGAGAGACGGCACUUGGAGCUCCUCUGUGCCAAGCUACAAGGUAGCUCCCAGCUGGGCAGAGAGCAAUGCUGGGCCAGGAGGGCAAGGAUGGCCAGAGCAGUCCUGGUGGGGGGAAGCCACCCAGUCCUGUCCCGUUGUGUCCCUGCAGAGGUAUGUGUUCUGUCCAUCAACCCACACUGUGGAGACUACCUGAGGACAGGCAGAGUGCACCCUCUUCAGCAGUCCUCAAAGGAGAUUUGGAAGGAGACCCACAGGGUGUAAAAAUCACCAAGUGAUGGAUGGGGGCAGUAGCCUGUCUUUGCAGGUCGUUAAAAAGCUCUUUGUGCUUCCUUGGUGACAAAGAGACAGCCACAGUACACACAUAGAUUGGGAAAAGAGAGCUCCUCUCUUCAUCUGAAAACUAGACUGUGCGUUGAGCCUGGCUUUUGCUUUGCUGGGUCACAGUGCCAGUAAAACCAACCCUUGCUUCUCUCUACCAUGUCCGUUCCCAAGCAGGGAGGAAGAUUUGCUGACAGGAGGGUAGUGCCUCAUAGCAGCUCUUCCAAACCAAAGGCUGUCUCCUGCUUGCUACAGGUGUGCCUGCACAGGAGGUCAGCAUUUGCAGGAUGAGCCGGGCUUAGCCCCAGCAUUCCCAGGCAGAGCAUCUCUAGGGAGGCAGAUUUACAUCCUCAGGGGGCCCUUUGGCUUAGCACCCACCCCUGCUCCAGAGCAGGAGUAUAAGGCAUAUUCUGGCUAGCUGCCAAAGACCUGUCUCAUCCCAUACCAUGGAAAACCAAGAUACUCUGUCAGCACCCAAGGUACCGCUCAUGUACCAGUGGGGCACUUUUCCCCUUUCUCUUUCCAAUUCUUAGCAAAAUAUUUGAAGCUUUUUUGGUUUUUUCCAGUGUGAGCCAAACACUGAAUAUUUAUCUUAAUCUCUUCUUUCAGAAGAACUGGGUUUUACUGCAGAUUUUGCCCAAAGAUUUGGCUGGAAGCAGAUAAAACUUUGAUUAAAAUGACUGAGGUCUGCUCUAGCAGAGCCCAGAGCUCCUAACACAAAAGUUUUCCUGUCCUUGCCCCUGGCCAGUGCUGCCAACCAUGGCGAUGAGUAGCAUGUCCAGCAUCUUCUCUCUAGACUUCAGAGCAAGUGGGGACACUUUCAGGAAUGUGACAUUUUAUGCUUUUGGCCCCUGCAUCUUAACUUUCUUUUCAAACUGGUGCAAAUCUAGAAAGGUGCCAUAUGUUGCAGCACAACAACCAGGGUCCUUGUUAGACUCUGCUGCCUAGCCAAACAAAGCAGAGAGACAGGCAACCUAAAUGAACCCAAGAGCAGCUCAGGAGUGGAGCACUAUAUAGGCAGAUAAGAGACAGCCAUGCACAUCCCAGAUCCGGACACCUCUGCUAAGAGUAAUUUUCCCCUUGCUGAAUCAUGUGCUGCUGUGGAGGGUGUGUAGCCUCAGAGGCAGGGCUCUCCCAUGCCAAGGCUGGGACUUGAAUGAAACCCAGGUAUCUUGUCAUACUGGGCAUGGGGAGGUGUAUAGUCCCUGCUCACAGAGUGAGCCUUAUAGAGACUGAUACAGCCCAUUUGCACACACAGAGGCACUGGGCAGCCAGCAAAAGGGAAUAAACAUGGCUUUUCCUUCUGUUUUGUGGAUUGUUUUAAGCACAAACCUCCAAAAGGGACCAUAAGGGGCUGGCAUGCUUCUGUGACGCUGGGUUUAUUCCAAGACAAGGAUUGCUCCCUAACCUGUUCAGGGUUUUGGAAUAAUAACUGAGUCCACCCUGGGGCUUGGGAAUGGGGUUGGUGUUUUUCUGUGGCCCCAUGACCAUAUGGACUGAGAUUUUUCUUCUUCCUUCUUCUCCCAAGCCCACCAACAGCUGCCCCUGAUCACCCCUUCCUCCCACCCUACUCUUCCCUUUUGCAGCCAAAAUUACAAAAUCAGGUGGUAAAGAUUAAAACCACUCCUGAAACGAUCCUGUGCAAGAAAGGAGCAUUUAGAAGGCUAAAUCCUUCAAUCCCCUUAUUCCAAUUAGGGUCCUUUCUCUUACAGACCUGAGAGUGAUGCAAGAAAAUUACUCCAAUCUGCUCUCAGUAGAUAGCAGCGUCAUGGUCAACUCCUUGGCCCGGGGAAGGCUCACCUGCAAACAUACAAGAGAAAAUCCCCAGUACACACAUGGACUCACACCAUGUAUAUUAAGAAAGAAAAAAAGAAUGGGGGAGGUUGAGGUUCCUGAACACCCUGUAAGCUGAUUAAAAGGUAUUUUACGUAGGAAGGAUUUAGCCAUACAGCUCCUAGUACCAUCUGACCUCAAUAAACUCCCAUGCCAUCGGCGGGUGCUGCCAUUGGAUUGUGUCCCAGCCUGUUCCUGGGCUCCUCGAAGGUCAGCUGUACCUAGACAGCUUCAUCAGGACUUGCGACACCCUCGCUGGACAUGUGUGGUGGAUGAGAUGGUCCUUCCCCAACCUUCCUCAGCCUGUCUUGACUCUCGUGCGCUUAGCCAUCUCGAAGCCACGGACCUCGAAGACACCAGUGCAGAGGCUGUAGGAGCAUUUUGGGAUGUGCGUUUUGGCCAAUUAAGGUGUCUCCAUGAAGAAAAGCAGCCCCAGCAGAUCCUGAGUUGCUGCAGUAACAUAGCUGAGGACAAGCUGGCGACGGAUGCUACCUUGCAAGGGUUGCCCUGGAUAAACAGCAACCCCAAAGGCUGGUUGGGCUUUCCUGGUCCAAGGCAGGACCAAAAAAGUUCAGAUGACAUGGUAGCAGCAUUUAUCCAGCCUGUUCUUGAAGUUCUCUGGGGGUGGAGCCUGAAUGCAUUCACACUGGUCCUUAGCCAGAAAGUCUUUUCUGAUCUCCUGCAUUAAUUUCUUUGAAGUUUGAAUGGGAAUUUCUCCCCUUCAAAACUCAGAAUGACUCCUAGAGUUCUGUGUGCCAAUUUUUGAGAGUCCACCUGCAUCAUUCUUGUGGUAUGGGGUCAGGAUACCUAGGUUUAUGAUAAAACCUUCACUUUUUUGAAAUGCAGUUUCUCGUGUCUUUUACCCCCAACACAGAAAAAGGCCAGGCCCAUGUGUUAUCCUUAAAUUUUGCCACAUUUGGAGCUAAUACAUUUAACAGUUAAAAGAUGCUGCAUUUCACACUGAAGGCUUGGUGACCCCUGUACAGGAAUUGUAGAGGAAUGAAGCUGGGUUAAUUAACAUUGAUAAUAUACAGCUGUGGGCUGGCUUCAGGGGUGGUGGGUUGGCUGAUGUGGAUAAGGCGCAGCUGUGGCUGGUUCCUGCUAAGUAGUUAAAUAGCUCUAAGGGGGGAGAUGGAAGAGGAGCUUUGGAUGAAGAGAGACCUGGAAGAAGCAGAGGGAGGAGAGUGAGUACCCUGCAUGUAGAUGAGGAGAGGCCCUAGGAGAAGCAGGGGGUCUGGAGGUGGAUGCAGCAGAGGCAAGAAGCAGGUUGGACUGGCCUGAAGAAGAUGAAGAAACAGUAUGGGCUGUAGGUGAACCUUUGAAACCUUGUGUGAGACUGAUGGUGGUGCUGAGGCGUGAGAGGGCUGGUAUGGGGUGAUAAAAGCCUUGUUGCAGCUGGCUAGCUUGUGUAGCUCUGUGAUGACCCAUUCCUCACACUGUAAAGAAGAGAAAAAAGAUCUUCCUCUAUGCCACUCUCAGCUUUAAUGCCUUUGGGAUGGGUCAGCUUGUGCGUGCUAGUCAUUAAGUACCCUUCAAUGAAGAGCCUCAGUGUCAAAGUGGGGGUAGCCCCUCUGUUUCAUAACCCUUGCCUGCUGCCAUGCAUGAGGGUGUCCCCAGCCGACAGCGUGGAUGCUGUGAAUAGCCCUUGUACCUGUGGCAACUGGAUUUACUUAAUGUGGCUCACCACAGGUCUCUCUGUGCUGUGCAUCAGUUGGUGUCAAGCCUAAGCGUAAGUGACAGCACAAAGAUUCUGGUGGCUUUACACCUGGCAGUAUCCUCCAGGCAGCUCGCCUCCUGCUCAGGCGUGGCCCCAAGGCUCAUAGAAUGCUUCUCCUUCCUGUCUUGGGGUAGCUCUCCCUGCCCUCUUCAAGGAGUGUUGGUGCAAGCAAUGGCCUCAGAGCUCCUUAGUGUUACCUCUUUGCAGCACUUUGCUAUACAUCCUGUUAAAGAGUGUUAUGUCCCAUAAACAGGAGAGAACAUGUUUUCCCAGAUGACUGGCCUGUGGCAACUAAUUAUUCCCAUGAUUGUCCUAUUACACUUCUCAGCAUCUCUUCCGUCCCAGGAGAGGACUGAGAGGCAUGCUGAUGGGCUUUUCCACAGUGAGCUCAGCAAGAUGAAUGGCAAUGCCUAUGUGCAGCAGCUAGUCAAACACCUGGUGGGCCUCAAGGAGAGGUCCCAGAGGCACUCAGAUGGACUGUUUACCAGUGAAUACAGCAAGAUGAGAGGAAACGCUCAGGUUCAGAAAUUCAUUCAAAAUCUCAUGGGCCACAAGCGCAGCUCACCAGGCCCAGUCAACACUGAUGUGCAGGGGAGAGAGGAAGAAAGCAGCCAUGAGGAACUUUGCUUUCUAUGGUUGUACCAGAGCUUUCUAAACACCAGCCACUCGGACAGUGAUGCCUGGGAAGCGGCUGCAGUUACCAGCCAGUAUGUUUGCCCCAUCACUAAGCAGCUGGUUGCAGACAUAAAGGAAGAUGCAGACAGUUCUGACUGAAGGUGAAGGGAAAGAAACACCCAAGGAGACAGCUUUGCAUGUAUAUAGCUUUGAAAAUAAACAGGAAAGCUAUUGAAUUUGCUUUAGGAAAAACUUGUGAGAUCAGCAAACAUAAACAGCAAAAAUAAAAAAGCAGCCAAAACCCAAUAAAUCCUCUUAGAUUAUCAAGUGAAAUGCAUGUCAGUGUGAACUGCUGUCAGUAGAUGGAGCCUGAAUGAAGCACAUCACUUCCACUUUGUGUUAGCAUUUGGCUGCCUGCUUCUGAAGUCAAAUAAAGAUUUGUUAGCUAUGUCUGUGCUUUGGCUACUCUUUGGGAAACAGUAACAAUGAUGGUACAAU